CCAUCCAAUCCAUCGACCGCUGCCUCCCUCGUUUCCCCACCAACAGAGCCCGCACCAUGAUCCAAAUCCUCUCGGCAUCUCUCUUCAUCCUCCUCCCAGGAACAAAGCCAUGGCGCCCGAGGCCUCCCCUAGCUCGCCUCGUCGGAGCCCUUCCAGCGGCUGCUCCAGGCGUCGCCCUCGUCUCUCCUCAUCCUCCAGCCGCCUCCCCUCCCGGCUCCCGUGCGUGUCCAGCACCAAAGGAGAGGAGCUCCUCGAGCCUCGACCCAGCGGCAGGUGCCCGAGCGCCUCCUCACCUCAUUCGUCGCCGCUGCCUGCCUCGCCUCCUGCCGAGCGCCUCCUCACCUCGUUCGUCGCCAGGCCUGCCUCCUCUGCCUCGCGCUCGUUCGCCGCCGCCGACUCCCUGCCGCUGCCAUCUGCUUCCCCUGCAACGAGCAGAGCCACUGCCGCCCCAACCCGGCGCGCCUCCGCCCCUUCUCCGGCCAAGUCCGGCACCCCAUGGCCGGAUCCGCCGUCGCGUGCUCGUCGGUGGCCGCCCCUGCUCCUCUCGCCCCGACUCCCCUGCGUCCUCUGCAUCGCGUCGCCGACCUCCUCUCCAGCAAGGAGCCACCUCCACCGCCCUUGCCCGUUCUGGCCGAAUCCCGCCGCCUGGGCCCCGUCCCCGGCCACCGGUGCCCUCGCCGGAGACCAUCUGCGCCGCCCGUCAAGUCUAGCGCCUCUGCUUCGCUCGCCUGAGCCAGCGCCUCGUCCCGCCUGCUGCUGCUUCUGUUCUUCAGAAGCGAACAGCUCGCCCGCUCACCCCGUUGACCGCAGUCGUGCGUGGCCUCCGCGCCUGGGCCAGCAGCCUUCCCUUGCCUUCUCCAGAUCCGGCCCAGUUCGCCUCUGCCUCACCGGGCCAAGCCCAUGGGUGAGAAGCCCCUCCAGUACCCCCUCCUGUACUCUAUCGGACCAGCAAGAUGCGGCCCGUGUUAUUUUUUUCCCUGCGCUGCGAUUUUAG